AUGUGCCAGAUGAUUUUUUUGCAAAAAGGUGGGACUGUGGCGAUUCUUGCCUGGAUGUUACCUACCAUUUCCCACAAUCAUUUCACACGAGACAAACUGGACACUGCAUCCUCGGAGUCGCGUAUGCAAGCCUGCACCCGCUUUGCAGAGCCAGCUGGCAAGUGCUUGCAACCACCCCUCUGGAUGAACAGCAUUUGUUGUUUAAGAUUGUCCCGGGACGAACAAUGUGCGCGCCCUCCUCGUCUCGAUGCUCGCGCACAGCGCCCAUCACCCUGCCAGUCCCACUCCUCCUGCCAGCUCCGAUCCCCUUAUUUUGUUCUCUGCGGGAGUGCCGGACAGCCUCGACGUGGGCUUUGUUCCCUCGCGACCGCCCUGGUGUGUCGUGGCCCGCUGCUGCAGAGCGAGGGUCAAAGCGCGGAGCGAAGGACUCCAGCACGGACCAGCAAUGAAACGUGGAAGGGAGGAUAG